UCAGCACUGUGAGGAGAGCCAAUGAACGGAAGGCAGAGCUGCUCAAUCUGUUUCCUCAAUGUUCGCUUUGGCUCUCAGCACAGGAAGCCUAGUGUCAUGAAAAGGCAGAAGAAGGAGCCUCUCCACCUCCAAGGAGCUAAUCAGUCAGGAGCAGGCGGAGUUGGGGUGGAGGAGAGGUGGGGAAGUGGAAGAGGGAACAGAGACACUGGCUGGCAAGGACACACUGUCACAGAGGGAAGCUCCCCACGUCUGCAGCUGGGCUUACAGCAGGAUGGAUGGAGCAAGUGAGCUGUGUGAGCGAUGAAAGCAAAAGCUGACAUGAAUUGUGUUGGGAAGACUUUUUGUGCCUUCAUUCUGCUCACCGUCGCUGUGGCCAUGGUACCAAUGGGUUCUCAGGCAAGAAAUUCCACCGGAUCUGAUACUGAGCCCAGCCAAGAAAACAAUUCAAGCGCUGGCAAGAAGCAAGAUUUCCAGAGCUCACAAAGUCCAAACUUCCCUAAUGGUAAUGUACUUCCUGAUCGAAUGGCCAUCACUAAGUGGUGGGAUAACAUCAGUGUGUCUAUAAUAGCUGGUUCCAGUGUUAAUCUGACCUGUCAUAAAGUUUCAAGGGUGGAUCUGGUAUUAGUAACAUGGAAGAUAAGACCAAGGAUUGGAAAUCACUGCACACUAGCAUACAGAACCGAUGAGAACAAGACAUACAGAACAAACUGCAGUGAGAGAAUGGAUUGGAAAUCUAGCCCUGAUACCAAUAGUGCACUUCAGAUACAGCAAGUGACACUCACAGAUGAGGGAUAUUAUAGCUGUGAAACUGCAAACAGUGAUGGAACUUUCAUUCAAACCUACACUCUGACUGUAUUAGUCCCUCCUGUGGUGACCCUGACCUGUGACAGUAACGGGACCGCUCUGUGCAAGGCAGCUGCAGGGAAACCAGCUGCACAGGUCUCUUGGGACCCAAACAGAGAUCCCAGGACUGAGCUUGAAAAUCACACAGAUGGGACAGUGACUGUGCUCAGUAUAUACAGCCCCAGAGAGACUAGUAUCACCUGCCUGGUCUCUCAUCCGGCUUGGCACACGAGCCAAUCCAAGGAAUGCCAAUCAGACAAUGGAAACAUGUUUCUUCAGUAUUUCGCCAUCUCUGCUGGUCUCCUGGGCAUCCUCUUCAUUCUGGCUUUAAUUUUCCUCUGUAAGCUCCGCCAUGGCAGAAUUUGUUAUAAGUCCAAAAUCCCUGAGUCUGCUUAAUGAGCAGCAGGAGUUGGAGCCCUACGCCAGCUAUGUGCAGAAGGAAAACAUGAUCUACAACACAGUGUAUGAAGUAACAGUGAGUGAAGACCUCCCACCACGGCUCCAGUCAGCAAUGUGAGAAUCCAGCUGGGCCCGACUCACCACCUGUGUGAAGAAGGGGAACAGGUUGCAGGGAAGAUUGAUGAUACUGGAUUCCUUCCACAAGAGGAUCUCCAUCACCAAACACUUUCUUCAUGGGAAGCAAGGAUUCUGGGAAGCAAGGAUCUGCAUAGCCACUGGGUGCCUCCAAACAUAUCUAUCUGCUGAUCAGUUCCUCUUGUUUCCUCUUUCCCUUUUUGUCACCCCCGUCCCCAUCCUGGGAAUUGAGUAGCACUGUGAAGGACGGAGUGACCUGCUGCCAUUGGUUUCACCAUGGACAGCUCUUGUGCUCACAGGUCCCCCCUGGCUGCCCUGACUUCAGCAAUCCAAAAAUCUGACAUUCAGUUUUGGACAUUAGUUCUGUGUCACUUUGUGAGGGGGAGGAGGAGUGAAACACCCACUGACCAAGUCUACUGUAAUAAUAAGGGCAUUGGUUACUAGACGAGAGAUCAGCUGGAAUGGGAGAUCAGCUGAGUAUCUCCUUAUUCUCCCAAUCCUGAGAAGAAACACUCUCUAUUGAGGAGGUCCAUUGUGUAGGAGGAUGGUUCACAGACAUGCUGAAUAACUUGUCAGGUCCCCCAUUGAACACAAAAUGUUUUCUAUAAUCUGUACUAAGUUACAAGUCAUUCUCAGGAGUCUUCCCCUGGUGGAAUCUCCUCCUUCAGGGAGCACAGGCAUUAACAUAUCGCAAUAGCAUAGUGGUCCAGCCACUCCAUUAAUCUGUUUCUAACAGUGGCCAAUGCUAAAUGUUUCAGGAAAAGAAGCAAAACAUCAAUAAUGCGUCUACUGGGAUUGUGCAAUAAUGGACCAAGCCAGGGUAAUUUCUCCCUGACCUCAGCUGGUACUCAAUUUAUCUUGAAACGUAAGGCUUGCUGGCCCUUGUAAUAUUUAUUUUAGCUAAUGUUAAUUGCAGAAGGGGUUUUUGAAACCUUUCAUUGAAUCUUAUUAAGCUAUUUUGUCUAAGUAUAAUUGCAGCACAAGGUUAAUUUACUUCAUAUAAAAAUGAGUUUAUCCAUUUCAAACAUGUUAUCUUUUAAUUUCAUCAAAGGGCUUCUUGUCCAUGUGUUAUGGACAGAGAUAAAUAGGACAAGGCAGUUGUCCUCUCUGCCAGUGUUUCUCAACCUUAUUGGGUGGGUGAGCCCUUAUUUGAAAUAAAAAAAUUUCAUGACCUCUUUACUUUUAUAGUAAAGUAAGAGUAAAAAAAACGUAUUUAUCUAAGCCUGUAUGAUCUGUUUGCGUGUACUCACUGAGAGGUUGACAGAGGCCACCUGACCUUGAAGGGGAAGGGUGUGCAGGCCAUGGGGAUGGGAGGGUAAAAUUUUCUUUGUUUAGACUGUAAUACAAUUUUCAACAUCUCGUGAUCCCCUGAUAGCCUUUUGUGACCCUCCUAGUUGAGAAAAACACGGCUCUCUAUUGGUCUCCUUUCUGAGCUGCUGUAAAUAGCCCUUGACUCAAACCUUUCCUCCUAUGGAAGAGCUACCCCACUCCUCAAUCGCCUAAACACACCUGUUGCCCUUCUCCAUUUCUGAUGUGUCCUUUUUGCAUAGAGGUGGCCAGAGCUGGACACUGAAUUCAAGGUGAGGACGUACCUUGGCUUGGAAUUUCCCAGGAACCUAAAGGCGUUUAGCACCCAACUCCCAAUGGAUUGCAAUGAGACAUGGCCACCAAACUCCUCUGGGCUUCUUUGAACGUCCCAAUCAUCAUAGAAGUGACAUUGUCAUAACGAUCUCUGUUGCUGUCUUAAUAUAUCCAGAGAUUCAUUCCCUUUUGCCCACCCCUGGGUGUUGAGCAGUCACCCUCACUGCAUUGUCAACAAGACCGAUUUUUUUCCCUUGAGCCUAUAGCUGUUGUAGAUCAGAGCCCAGCAGUGUAUAGCAGAUUGCCUCUUUCAGUGUACACUACCUUGCAUGUGUCUAAAUUGGAUUCCACCUGCCAGCCUGUUGCCCAGUUACCUAGUUUUGUUGGGCCUUUCAGGAGUUAUUCAUAUGCCUUGAUCUGCUUGACUAAGUCAAUUUAAUUUUUUCCAGGCCCAGUCUCUUGCUGCUAUUAAACAGACUGGUUUUUCUCACUCUUUCUGGCUGUAGGUUACAUAGACUAUCCCUUCUUUGCACAAAAGCCACAUCUCCUACAACACCAGAAAGCUUAGGUCAGGGAGUCCCACCGGUUGCUUCUGCAGAAGUCAGCACUUUGCAUCCUGACUUGAGGGCUAACCACACCCCUCUGGGCCUCAUGCUGUGUUAGCCAGCACAGCAAUUUGUCCCCCCUCUGUAGAGCUAAAUAGGAAUGCUGCCCUGUAGCUGCAUGAUUGUUUAACCGAGGCCAGGACUUAGCCAGACCUUGUAUGGUAAAUUGUACAGCGCAGGCUCUCAUCCUCACUCUGUGACCUGGAGAGCCAAGACACUUGACUGGCCACAUGUGAGUUAAGCAUCUUUACUACACAUAAGUCCUCUCUUUUCUCUGAUGUGAAGAACAUCACCAGUUUGGGGUGGAGUUUCUCCCUGCUCUUUUCCUCCAUCACUAGUGCACCCAUGCACAUUCCUUUCCUUGCAGUUCAGUGCCACUGUGCUGAAGCCACCCUGCAAGCAAGCAGGGGUGUUACAUUUAAUUCUGCACAAUUGACUGUUACUUAGUGGCUCAACCAUGCGGGCUUCCUAAACCAGCUCAGAUGUUACAGAGUCACAAAAGGAGACACUGCCUUUUAGUGUUGUAUUAGAUCAGUGGUUUUCAACCUUUUUUCAUUUGCAGAUCCCUAGAACAUUUCCAGUGGAAGUGCAAACCCCUUUGGAAAUUUAAUCUGUGCUCCAUGGACCCCUACCAUAAAAGUCUUAGACUGUAAACUGACUGAACAGAAUUCAACUAUGUUGCAUGUGCUUGGCUCGGCAUAUUUAACGCAGCAUGAGAAAGGCGCAAAACUGUGGGUUUCUAUGGUAGCAACAACAAUUCCAGGUUUUGACCUGUAGGUGGGGUAUUCACAUACUUCUGAUCAAUCAGAAAAACAGAACGCCUUUCUGGGAUCUGAAACUUUAUUUUCAGUUACCUUUUGCUGACCCUUUAGACAUAGUCUGCAGAUCACCAGGGGUCCAUGAACCACAGGCUGAAAAUUCCUGUGUUAGAUAUUGCCACCUCCAUGAUUGCUCUUCACAUUUUACAUCCAUCAUCCUUGUUCUAAUCCAGAGGCUGGUACUACACUUCCAGUUUAUUUGGUGUGGUGUCCCGAUAUUGUUUCUGUACAUGUGCUACCUCUCGGUCCUCUCCACCCAGAAAAUCUCUUUUGAUAGAGUCUAUGAAGUCUUGUCAUACCCAGUACCAACACAGAGUCAGUGUAACACACAAGGCUGGGAGACAAGACAUGGGGUGAAAUCUUGACCCCCAUGGGAGUUUUGCCAUUGACUUCAAUGGAGCCAGGAUUUCACCCAUGAAUUUCAUUCCUAGCUCUAUCGGUGACUUGCUGUAUGACCUUGAACAAGUCUCAAGGUUGGUGUAACUCAUCUUGACUCUAACCCUGCUCCUAUUGAAGUCAAUAGCAAGACUCACGUUGAUUAAAAAGGAAGCAGGAUCAAGCCCUUUAACCCCAUUACACCACAUGCAAAAUGGGGAUAAUAUCUAGCUUGGUAAAGUACUGAGCUCCUAAAUCACAAGAUGCUAUAUUACUAUUCACCCACUUUAAGUAUCAUUAUUCUUUAUUUAUAUUGUUGUAGUGUCUACUAAGAGCCCCAGUAGCUUUCCUAGCAACCUAAUCCAUUUCCCCUGUAUUUAGUAAUGUUCAGGAAUUACAGUAAUCCCAUUGAUUUCAUCCCACCAGCUUUCAGAAGUGACAAACGUCUAGAUCAGGGGAUCUCAACCUUUUUUCUUUCUGAUUCCCCCUCUCCCAACAUGCUAUAAAAACUCCAUAGCCCA